GGUGGCAUGAAUCCGGGAGGCGGAUUACUCCAUGAAUUCAUUGAUCAUUAUCAGCUUAUCUUAGCGCAUAAUCGCGAAAAGGGGACUGAUCGCGUCCAACGCGUGGAUAGUUUAAAUUGAUUUUCGGUACGAGACUGAAGUUACUUCUGCUAAAAUCUUGGGAAUGCGAGUACGUACACGAACCUCAUUAUGCCACACUCUAUAUCCGCCGGAGAACCCUCGAUAAAAUCACAAGAGAAUAUGGCAGAUAGCGAAGAGAACCGGGAUGACGCACAAAUAAGUCAAGAAGCAGAGAAUGCGUCUGCCAACACGCAGGUUGCUGAGUUGAAUGAUGACGAAGAUAUUACAAUGGCAGACGCUGGAGUACAAAGCGAGGCGAUACCUCAGGCGGCUGCGAAAAUCGAGACCAAUUUAUCAGAUUUGUUUGCAGAUUUAGAGUCUGACGAUGAAUUCCCAAGUACAAAUGCGAAAGAGGAAAAGGUGUCCAGCUCACCUGAAGCGCCAGCUUCCCCAGUAAAUAUAGGUCCUACAUCGCGAUCAUCAGAUCCGGAAGUUAUGCGAUCCUUUUAUCAGAGACUUUUCCCUUGGCGCCACUUAUUUCAAUGGCUCAAUCAUUCUCCGACGCCCUCAACCGACUUUGGACAUCGUGAAUUUGCAUUCACCCUUCAAAACGAUGCAUACUUGCGAUACCAAGCAUUCCCAACCUCCGAUCUUCUACGUAAGGAUGUCCUUCGUCUUAUGCCGUCAAGAUUCGAAAUUGGCCCAGUAUAUAGUACAAAUCCCAGGGAUCGCAAAACACUUCGCAAGUCUUCCGCCUUUCGACCAAUAGCCAAAGAAUUAUGCUUCGAUAUCGAUUUGACGGAUUACGACGAGAUCAGAACGUGCUGCGACAAAGCAAACAUCUGCAAUAAGUGCUGGCAAUUCAUUACUAUGGCUAUCAAAGUGGUUGAUGUUGCGCUACGUGACGAUUUUGGUUUCAAACAUAUCAUGUGGGUAUAUUCUGGAAGGAGAGGAGCUCACGCUUGGGUAUGCGACAAGAAAGCCAGGCAAAUGGACGACCAGAAGAGAAGGGCUAUUGCAGGAUAUCUAGAGGUCAUUCGAGGUGGAUCACAAACUGCGAAAAAAGUUAAUGUGAAAAGACCACUGCAUCCGCACGUAUUACGAAGUCUCGAUAUACUUAAAGGGCACUUCCAAAACGAUAUCCUUCAUGAUCAAGAUCCGUGGGAGGAAGACGAUAAGAUCGACAAGUUAUUACAGCUUCUACCUGACAGAACACUGAAUGAAAGUUUACGGAAAAAGUGGAGCUCUGCUCCUGGACGGUCAUCAACAUCGAAAUGGGCUGAUAUUGAUGCAUUGGCAAAAUCUACCAAGGGUUUGGAUCCAAGAGCCUUACUAGAAGCGAAGCAAGAUAUUGUUCUCGAAUACACGUACCCUCGACUUGAUAUCGAAGUCAGCAAACAUCUCAACCAUUUACUCAAAAGUCCUUUCGUCGUACACCCAGGCACAGGAAGAGUGUGUGUUCCUAUAGACACCAGACAUGUGGGGGAUUUUGAUCCUCUGGCUGUACCAACUGUGACUGAACUUCUGGGUGAGAUCGACCAGUGGACCCCGCCCGAAGCUGGUGAUUUGGAUGGAAAAAGCAUACAAGAUUGGGAGAAAACAAGUUUGAAGCCAUACGUAGACUACUUCAGAUCAUUUGUCGCAGCUCUAAUGAAAGAUGAAAGCGAUAUCAAAAUUAAAAGGGAGCGAGAUACAGAUGCGAUGGCAUUCUAGUGUUGUGGAAUGUCGUCACAGUCUUUGGCGUCAUGGGUUGAUGGUGGUUUUGGGAUGGAUAUACUAGGUAUAUGGAUAAUGAAUGAGAUAUGAAUAUUAAUCCGAAUGAUUAGGAUGCUCAAGUAGGGAGAUCUAUGUUACAUUGCGAUUUCCCUUUAAAUUACAUGUCCUUUGCUGCACCGAGAACAACAUGAGCCUGGGCUUGAGCUUUUCAAAAAAUCAAUUGCCACUCGAUGAUCGGCCGCAUGCCUGGACAUUCUUUGCCAUUGAUUGCUUCAUAGAGCAAAACUACUCACGUCUAACCUGUACGUGUAGUGAGUGAAUCCAUAAGUAGGCACAUCAAGUAUAGCACAGGGUCAAAUUACAGGUCUCCUGGGAAUAAGUGUCUUUUGAUGGGCGAAUCCAGGGUUAUAUGUGAAUGUAUCGAAUUCGAAUGUUCUCAGCCUUUUAUCGAUUGGCUUGAGAAUACAAGGGCGCGAAAUGCAGUUCUUUCUAUUGAUCCA